AUGACAGCCCUCACCAGGCACGACCAAGCUCUGUUUGAGACAACGAGACGAGUUCUCGCCGAAGUAGUCAAUGAAGGACUGGUUCGUGCGAAGGUCGAAGUUACUGCACCUGAAGGACCAGGUACACUUUGCUUACUGAGUCCUCAAGAUGUCAGCUGGGUUAAGGUCGGGGUCACACCCGGCACUGUUAUUGAGAUGAAAGAGGAUCGUGUGGUUUCUGUGAUACGGCCAGAGAGCCUACAGCCGCCUGUAAUUGUCGGGGAAACUGGAAAUCAAGAGCUGGAUCCGGGCGCAAUAUUCGCCGUGCUAAGUGCAUUACUUAAGGAUGUUGCCGAUGGGACGGUCCUGGAGGCUAUUGUUCGAGAGCUACGCAACUCGGCGACGAACCAAGGAUCAACCCGUCUUCGGCUUGGGGGAUACAUCUGCGAAGUGGGAACGGGCAUUGAUAAAUGGCCAUCCGAGUCACCCAGUAUGACUCCCCAGAUUGUAGUCUACGUGCUGUGUUGGGGCUAA